AUGCGGUCUCAGCUGCUUCGCGCCGCAGCGUGCUCGAGACCAUCGGUCGCUCCCACGACCAGACAAGCGGCGAGCAGGACAUUCGCCUCAUCCGCCAGACGGAAUGCCGAAGUCGAGCUCACAAUCGAUGGCAAGAAGGUGUCGAUAGAGGCUGGGUCAGCCCUGAUUCAAGCCUGUGAAAAGGCAGGCGUCACCAUACCGAGAUAUUGUUACCACGAAAAGCUGCUUAUUGCAGGAAACUGUCGUAUGUGUCUAGUCGAAGUCGAACGAGUACCGAAACCUGUUGCCUCAUGCGCGUGGCCUGUCCAGCCCGGCAUGAUCGUCAAGACCGAUUCGCCCAUGACCCACAAAGCAAGAGAAGGCAUAAUGGAGUUCCUGCUGGCAAAUCAUCCCUUGGAUUGUCCCAUUUGCGACCAAGGUGGCCAAUGCGAUUUACAGGACCAAUCGAUGAGAUAUGGCGCUGAUAGAGGUCGGUUUCACGAAGUUACUGGAAAGCGGGCGGUUGAAGACAAGAACAUUGGACCCUUGAUCAAGACGUCCAUGAACAGAUGCAUCCACUGCACAAGAUGUAUUCGUUUCGCAAAUGAAAUUGCUGGAGCACCGGAGUUGGGCUCCACAGGAAGAGGGAACGGCAUGGAAAUCGGCACGUAUCUCGAACGAAAUCUCGACACCGAACUCUCUGGCAAUGUGGCGGAUCUGUGUCCUGUGGGCGCUUUGCUCACUAAGCCCGGCGCCUUCACUUAUCGACCGUGGGAGCUCACCAAAUUCGAGUCGAUUGACGUUUUGAACGCUGUGGGCUCCAAUAUCCGAGUAGAUGCCAGAGGUAUGGAGGUCAAGAGAAUACUGCCCAGGCUCAACGACGAUGUCAACGAGGAGUGGAUUGAUGACAAGACUCGCUUUGCUAUGGACGGCUUGAAGACACAGAGAUUGACCACUCCACUGAUUCGAAAAGACGACAAAUUCCUCCCAGCCACAUGGGAACAAGCGCUGACCGAGAUCGGAAAUGCGUUCAUCCGACUGAAGCCGGGUGAGAAUGAAUUCAAAGCCAUUGCUGGUCAUUUGAUUGAGACGGAGUCUCUUGUCGCUAUGAAGGAUCUCGCCAACAAAUUAAACUCGGAAAAUCUCGCUCUUGAUCAGCCCGGUGGCGGCAAGCCCAUCGCUCAUGGCGUCGACAUCCGUGGGAACUACCUAUUCAACUCUAGAAUCUGGGGUAUCGAGGACGCAACCACGAUGCUCAUCAUCGGAAGCAAUCCCCGAUGGGAAGCUGCUGUCCUAAAUGCACGAAUCCGGAAACAAUGGCUCCGCUCACCACUGGAGAUUGGUUACAUUGGCGAGGAUUUUGAGAGCACUUUUGAAUAUGAGAACUUGGGCAGCGACGCUGCUGCCGUGAAAAAGGCUCUUUCUGGCGAGUUUGGCAAGAAGCUGGCUGAAGCCAAGAGACCUAUGAUCAUUGUUGGAAGCGCCGUUGCAGAACAUCCAGAUGCCAAAGCCAUCUUCGAGACCGUAGGAGCCUUUGUCGACAAGCACCAGGCGAACUUCAACACGGAAGAAUGGCAAGGGUUCAACGUCCUUCAACGUGCAGCUUCGCGAGCGGGAGCGUACGAAGUCGGCUUCACCGUCCCCUCGCAGAAAGUCGCGGAGACGAAACCCAAGAUGGUGUGGCUGCUUGGUGCGGACGAAGUCAGCGAGGCCGACAUUCCCAAGGACGCCUUUGUGAUCUACCAGGGCCACCAUGGUGAGAAGGGAGCACAGCUUGCAGAUGUGAUCCUUCCCGGAUCUGCUUACACCGAGAAAUCCGGCACCUACGUCAAUACCGAGGGACGGGUGCAGCUUACUCGUUCUGCGGUCACCAUCCCUGGCGCAGCACGAACCGACUGGAAGAUCAUUCGUGCUGCUUCAGAGUUCUUGGGCGCGCCUUUGCCAUAUGAUGAUUUGGAAGUCCUGAGAGACCGUCUGGAAGAAAUUUCGCCAGCGCUGAGAAGAUACGACACGCUCGAACCUCAGAAACUGACCGGCCUGUCUAAAGUCCAGCUUGUUGAUGCCAACAAGGGAGCGAAGGCCACUGGGCAGAAGUUGGAGUUGCCGAUCAGGGAUUUCUAUCAAACCGACGUUAUUUCGAGAAGUUCACCUACGAUGGCACGCUGCAGUGCUUCUUUCUUCCAGACUCGUGACCCGAGUACGAACUUCGCCGCGCCCGGCGAGCCCGACUCACAAAUCUCAUACGGCUAA